UUACAAUAACUGAUACACAGUUGAUUAACGACCAUGGCCAUUUUCAACACCACCCUACAUUGUACAAAAGAAGCACCAGCCGAUGAAACACAGGAAGAUAAAGCAGUUAUAAUAGGAAUCGUUGUGUUAGCAAGCGCGCUUAUUGGUUGUAGUUUGGCGUUGGUCGCUCUCGGAAGAGACUUCUUCAUCGGGAAGAAUCCACCAGUGGUCCUUGUGAGUGCCUUGGUCUGGGUAGAUUUCAUUGGCGUGUUCUCCACUUCAGUGAUCGUAUUCCAUGGUCUUUUGAAAGGUUCAGAAUGGAUGAGAGACUCGCCACAAUGCGGCUUACAGGCGUUCUUCACGACAGCAUUUGGAUUAUCUUCAGGUGCUGUGGUCACUUCCAUGUCUUUGGAUCGAGUGGCUGCCCUGUACAAACCAUUCUUUUAUAAGCAACACGCCACCCCUUUGCUUUCGCGGACAAUCUGUGCAUUUCUCACGAUGUUCUGUCUAGCGUUGGCGGCUCUUCCAUUCUUUGGUAUUGGAAAGUACAAAUUCAACCAAAGUUCCAGAUCGUUUUGUCAGUUUGAUUGGUUCCCAGUUACACUUACUGAAACAGUUAAUUCCUUGGCCAUAGCAGUUUGUGGCGUAACAUUGAUUACCGUGAUGACUGUAUCAAAUACCACCGUUUUGGUCAUUGUGGUGCGUAUCAGACGACGAAUGUCAGCGGUCCUGCCUUCGGAUAUGAAUUCUAAACGCCGUGCGCGGAGAUUCGCUUUCCGACAGGAAGAAAGGAUGGCAAAGUUUGUGGCUUUGGCCUCUAUUGUAUUCCUUUUUACUUGGCUACCAGUAACGGUCCGGCUCUUUUGUAACAUCUUUCGGGCGUAUCCAAGCACCGUAAUGGAUAACCUCUCCCUCAGACUUGUGAUCUUCAAUUUCGUUCUGGAUCCAUUCACUUAUGUACUUUUCAAGAAGAAUUUCAAACGGAAUUUACAGCGCUCCUUAACUGAGCUGUCGGAAUUCCUUGCUGAUGUUCGUUUGAAUAAGAAAGUGAACAGGAAUGUAUCUUUCAAAGAAGAUGAUAACAAGUCUGCGUUAGUAUUCGGGACAAAUGGAGAAAUGUCGGUUAUUGAAAACACUCGAGAUCGUGUUGAAAAAACUUGUUAAAGCAAAGCCAAGAACUUUCCACCGAUCUGGCUAAGAAACUGAUCAUCGUGGUAAUAUUUUUAUGAGUAAGCUGAGAUGAAAAUAAAUUGGUCAAGCACAUGCACUGUUCUCUAGUUACGACACAUAAACAGAGAUAUUAAGAGUCACAAAGUCCGUGCAAAGUGGCACUUUUUAUCGAUUCAUUGAUGAAAAUAUUCAUUUAAAAUCUUUUCUGGGAAGAAGGUCAAUGUUAGAGUUUGGCUAGUUUAGCUUCUCUAAGUAGUUUAGCUAUAAUAAUAGGUAGGUGUUCAACAGUUGUAACUAUUUGUACUAAUCCAUGUCAUGUCUCUUUGUAAUAAAUUCAAAAUGGCUGCCGUGACAAAUCAUAACAACUUGUAAACCGGAAGUAAAGUCAUAAGAUUCAAGAUGGCAGGUGUACACGUUAGUCCACUUACAGCCGUUACGGUUUUCGGUGCCGUAAUCUUGUGAUAUCUGCUCCCUACGGCCAAUGUAAACGAAGACAAAAUUGAUUGAAUGGUAAAAAUGUUAAAACAUCAGGUGCUCGCGGCUAUGAUCAUUUUACUAUGAAUGGUCUUACUAUAGUCUAC